GAAACAUUCAUUUGUAGAUGGCGUGCGAAGCUCCUAUAUGGCGACAUUUGUCUGAUAAAGGCCAAUCACACUCGUGGCAAAGACUGGACGCAAACAUCACAGAUGCUACCCGGCGGGAGAGCGCUCGAGAGAUACCCUGCUUCGAUCAGCCCAACGUCGGCACCGGGCUCAGAUGCAAGGGAUCGUUGUGGGGCGUAAAGAUAACGGAUUGGCCAACAUGGUGUCCUCUGAGCGCAGUAACAGGGCAGGAAACACAAGCUCAGGAUAGCGUGAUGCUCUGGUGCUUCGUCUAUGCAUUUCGCUUGCUCAAUUCCGCUAAAAAGUUCAUGUGGCUCGUCGUCCUGCCCGGAGCAGUUUGAUACCGACCAUGUUACCAUCUUGAGACCUGAGCCACCUGCAGGGUACGCUCAGACCAAAGGCGCCGCGGAAGUGUCGAUGGUGCCAUGAGUGUUGCACUUGCAGACCGGCGGUGCAUCGUAGCAACGAAAUGAUGGGGGCAAGGUGUGAAUGGCGCAAUAUAACAGUUGUGAUCUUCAUAUAGAGCAUAGAUUGUUCGGCUGGUUCGUUUUCAGAGGGUACCAGAGAGUCCAGCGAGUCCUGGCAUUCAAUUCCCAAAACUCAAGAUCAGAGGCGGAGAAGACCUCCAGAUAUGCCUUCAACAUUCAGUGCUACACCGUCCAAGCCGGGAGCUGAUGUUGAGAUAGACGCCUUACCUGAAGGUCUCAAUAACACCACAAUCUCAACUUCUGCUUUCGACGGCCCGAGCGCGCCAACACCUAGGGAGAAGGGAGGAUUUAUCGGCCGAGUGCGUCGACACCUUCGUACCGUUCAGCGCUAUGUCUGGGACGAUCCAGACAAGCCAGCGGAAGAGAAGUGGUUCCUGUUCAAGCUGGAUGUUUUUCUCCUCACCUCGACGUGUCUCGGAUACUUUAGCAAGAACCUCGAUCAGGCCAACUUGAACAAUGCCUUUGUCUCUGGAAUGAGCGAAGCACUUCACAUGUAUGGAAGCGAGCUCACCUAUGCCGGAAAUGUCUUCACCGCCGGCUAUGUGGUCGGUCAGCUGCCCGCUGUCAUCCUGGCAACCAGCGUCCGCCCGUUCAUCCUGAUUCCCAGCCUCGAAAUCCUAUGGUCAAUCCUUACCUUCCGUACCAGCGCUGUCACGUCUGUGUCGCAGCUGUAUGCGUUGCGCUUCCUCAUCGGCCUUUGCGAAUCAGCAUUCUUCCCAGUCAUGAUCUAUAUGGUCGGAUCCUGGUACACCAAGCGCGAGCGGGGAAAACGUGUCACGCUCUUCUAUUGCAGCGCCACCUUGGCCGGCAUGUUCAGUGGUUACCUGCAGGCUAGAGCGUACAAAGGCCUCAACGGAAAGCUCGGCCAUGCCGGCUGGCAGUGGCUGUUCAUCGUGUGUGGCGUCAUCAGCUUGCCCAUCGCUCUGCUUGGAUAUUUCCUGUAUCCAGAUUUCCCGGAAACAACACGCGCCUUUUAUAUCACAGAGAAGGAGGCGAAGUGGGCAAGAGACCGCCUGGUCCAAGAAGGGUUAAAACCUCUGGGAGCCUCGGCCUGGAACAAGACCAAAAUCUUCCGCAUCAUGGGACACUGGCAGUUCUGGCUUCUGCCCAUCGGAUAUUUCCUCGUUCAAGGCAGCUUCCCCGUAUAUCAGCCGGUGUAUGCUUUGUGGCUGAAAUCCACGCAUCACUCUGUUUAUCAGAUCAAUGUGUGGCCCACUGGUCAAGUGGCCGUUGGCGUUGUGGUCCAGGUCCUGGCGGGGAUGCUCUCUGAUUCUCCCCUGCUCCGAGGCAGACGUUGGCAAGCGUUGAUUGUCAUGGCCAGUGGAACCUUAUUCAGCACCAUUGUCCUGGCUGUUUGGAAUGUCCCGGACCGGCUCAAAUAUUUCGCAUACUAUCUGUCCUACUCCGCCGCAGGCGUGCCGGGCAUUUAUUUUGCGUGGUAUCCGGACUUGAUGCCGCACGAUCAUGAGAUGCGCGGUUUCAUGAUUGCUGCUUCGAACAUGUUCAGCUAUAUCCAGUCCAUAUGGUUCACCAUCACGUUCUGGAGGACCAUCGAGGCUCCCAGAUUCCACAAGGGUUUUAUCGCCGCAUCAUGCUGGGGCGCGGGAUUGAUCGUGCUCACGCUGGUCAUUCGCCGGCUCGAAAUUCGAGACAAGAAAAGGCAUCAGAUCAGAAAUGUAGGGAUUGGUGAUGUUGAAAGUGUGCAAUCAGUGGCCGCUGCCAAUGGAAAGACAGACAUUACCGCCGUUCCCGAGCCUCGGGCUGAAGAGUCUGACGACCGAAAGCAGAGGGUUUAACUGCUCUCACUACCAGCUGGCGGACAGCAUGAAUCCUCACGUCUUCUGCUUGAGAUUGCCGGUGACCGGAAGGACGAAGCUAAUAAAAACUCGAAGUGGGUGUUGAGCGGUACUGUAUCGAAGGUGACUUGCAGGGCCACUUGUUGUUGGCGAUAAGGUUGACGUUCAAGUUGGAUGCCUGAAAAUCCAGUGUAGAAGGGCCGCAAGCCUACCAGAUGUACCGAUUAAUCACCUUUCAGCACCGCGAGCAACAACAACUUGAAGGCAUCAGGCAUUUCGCAGAGCAACAACUGCACCCAACUUGAAGCUCAUUGCACGGAUUGGAACAGACUCCCAAUUUAUCAAUAAAUGAUACCCCCUCUUUUGCAUGGC